ACAAAAUGGACGACCGAAUGGAAUUCCAACGUGACACGACGAGGAAUUAUGAUGACACAACAUCGAAAUGGCAAAGAAGAGCGGCCAGUGCCAUGUCUUUUGAGUCCGGGGAGUCUGGCAACUCUUACACUCCACAGGAUCAACACUUGCAAUAUUUUCCAGAGAAAGAGACACGCUCAUACAGACAAUUUGUGCCUGCGUCGUGGCAUGAAACUUUGUCUUACUACCGUGGGUAUGUAACAGCAGCAAGCAAAACGCAAAUAUACUCCCCACAAUAUUACCCCUUUAACAUAUUCUUCUGGCAAAACCUAAUGAACCUGCUCUUCAAAAGUCUGCCUCUUACUUAUGUUUACAUGUUUCUUGCUUCCUAUUCAGCCAAUCACCACUUCUUUUUGCCUAAAAUGAUCCCUAUUGCGUAUGGUGUAAUCAUAAUUUUCAUUAUAACGGCAUUUCUUGAAAUAAUGCUUUUUAUGGAUUUUAUAAUUUUUUUGUUUCACUAUACAAUAAGAGGCUUUGUGGAUAAGAACCCUUGGCACAGGUGUGAUAAUAAAGAGCCUAUCAAUAUGGGAAGUUACAAUAUUUAUGGAUUAGAUGUUAGAUUGUAUGGCGUAUGCGUUACGUUGAAAGAAUAUCAAGAGUUGCAAGAAGUGUUUGAAAUUUACUAUCCAUUCCCAGCCCCGACGUUUUAUUUCAUACAAACACAAUAUGCGUUGCUUUCUCACUCGAACUCCGAUCGUAUAUCGCAAUCAUUCAUAUAUUUUGUAAUAUUGUGGAUUUUCAUAAACUUAUUUUACUGCCAGCUGUUUAGUAAAAUGCUUUGGAAGAUUCAUCACAUUUUUCAUUGGAUUACGAAUAUAAUUUUUAUCAUAGUAUUAUCACAUUUAAUGCUUCGUGAUUUAUUUGUAAAGCUCGAGGAUGACAACUCGUCACAGGAAGGUGAUCCGACUACAAAGCUCAAAAGUGACCUUAUGUGGCACAAUGAUCUGAAUAUGAUAGCUCUGUCUAUGGCCACACCACCAAUCGUACACAUUUUGACCUCAAGAACAAAUAAAGAGAUUAACGCGAAUAGAGACAGCAGUAUACUGUUAAUUUCAAAUGGCAUCUACAGCAUAUUGAAGGGAUUGCUAUCGCAUAAAGUAAAAAAGUAUUCUCAAUCAAUUUUAAAAGAGACGAUUGACAUGGAAAUUCUACACGAAGAGUUUUUUAAAAUAUGGACAGUUUACUUUUCAACCUUUUUCUUGGGUGAUUUAUUUUCAAUCACGUUUUUUGGCAUUCAUUUCAUUGUGGAAACUUUGAAUGUUGUUAUUACCUCCCAAUGCUUAAUAGAAGCCAUAGUUUGUGAGUGGCGUGUGGCAAAACGACUCUUUGUGUCCUUUAUCUUUUUUAUAUUGGGGAUUGUCGUAUUUUAUCUUUCCACACACGAAUCCAGAAUAGGUUUCUACAUGUACACUCAACACGUGGUCACCCUGCUGGAGAUAUUUGUGAUAUUCUUCAUGUACCCACUGGGCCGACUGAUCGACGAUAUCACCUUUUACACCGGAGUCAUUCCGACGCAAAUGAGGCUUUAUAACUUGAAAGGAGUGCCUUUGUAUUUUGCGUGGAAAUUAUACAUCUUACUUAAAUUCAACACUAACUGGAUGAAGUAUAUCGAGAACGAUGACAAUGUGUAUCCGGAUCAUCUCGAUUAUUAUUUCGACGUCAGCAUAGGCAUUUUCUUAUUCAUUGGGGUAUUGUAUGCGGCUGUUAAAAAUUUGUAUUUUUAUAAAAAGACGUGGAGAUCUUUGCUUGUACCAGAAUCGAAUUGGGGUCCAGAAUAUUCUAUACGGCAGUUGAGGAAGCAAUACGACUCGAGAGAAUACAUCGGAUCACAAGCCCCUCGCCCUUUGAGUCGGUACAUGAUUUACAAGGCCGAAGCUAAAAAAUACUCGCUCAAUAUCAAAUAUCCAAGUGUAACGUCAGACGCGUCUUCGGAGGUCAGAUAUGAGAACGAAAAGAAAAAUGUGUAAAAUAAAAUUUCAAUUAAUUCAAUUAGCCAAUGGCUGUCCACCGUUGAAUGGACCUCCGGACUCUAAAGAACGCCGCAGAGUACGGGACUAUUCCCACCUCUCGUUCCUACUGCUGCAACUCCUGUAGCCAGGAUCUACAGCUUGACUGCCAAUAAAAACCCAAAUAAUGAAGGUCAAGUUUCUCCCAGGG